CACCUAAACGCUUGCAUAGGAUUGGCUGAAGUAUUGGCAGAAUCGGGACAUUUGGUGACAUUCGCUGUCAGCAACUUCUGGGGUCAGAGACUCUCCACUUAUGUCGGCAUCGAAGACAUACUCGCCAUAAAUGAGCCCAAAGUACUGACGCCCGACCCUAACCUAAAUGCUAAACCCGACGCAGACUUCACGGCUAAACGUCUGAAAGAAUUAUUAUUUAUGGCCGACAGAACACCUUUGGACAAAGUUGCUUGUCUCGUGUCAAACGCUGAUAACAACCGGUUUAUCGCUUCCAUAAAAUACCUUGAUGAUAAUCUAAGCAAUGUUAUUGAGCAAUUCAAACCCGAUGUGUUGUUUGUCGAUAUAUCGGAUCCUGUUACAACAGUUAUCAAAUCCGGAAUACCCUGGGUAUUGGUAUGCAGUGCCAAUCCUUUACGCUAUUUUAAUGAUGAUUGUUUCCCACCGGCCAUGUCAGGUCUGCCAUCGAUGGGGGACCGAAAGGAGUGGAAAUCAUUUAGAGAUAGUGUUAAAGAAUUGCAAAAACAGAGAAUCACUGUUUUUAAUGAAUAUCUCAAUGGGAAAGGCGUGGAAAUGCUUAAAGAAACUGGAUUUAUGCUAAUGCGAGAGUCAUGCUAUUUGAAUAUAUAUGGAUAUCCAUUAGAAUUGGAUUAUCAGGAUAUCAGACCAUUACCUCCUAAUUGGUUUCGGUUUGAUAAUCUCAAGCGUAAUAAAAGUCAUUUGACAUUUGAUAUGCCAAUGAAGUUACAGGAAAGACCGGGUAAACUGGUGUACUUUUCAUUAGGAUCUAUGGGUGCUGUAGAUGUGGACAAUAUGAAGAGAUUAGUCAAUAUUUUGUCCAAAUCUAAGCACAGGUUUAUUGUAUCGAAAGGACCCCUUCAUAACAAGUACUCAUUGGCUGAUAAUAUGUGGGGCGAGGGGUCUGUCCCUCAGAUCCAAGUCUUACCAUUAGUUGAUUUGGUCAUAACCCACGGCGGGAACAAUACUGUCACCGAAACAUUUUAUUUUGGUAAACCUAUGAUUGUUUUGCCCCUUUGGACCGAUCAAUACGAUAACGCACAGAGAGUUCACGAGAAAGGGUUUGGUAUACGACUCGAUGCCUACAAGUGCUCCGAAGAGGAGUUAUUGAAUGCAAUCGAAAGAAUCGGUGAGUCGUUGGUGAGGGCCGGGCAUCGGGUGAUGUUUCUAAUCAACGAGCAAUGGAGGGGUCGACUCACAAAAUAUGGCAUCGAAGAGGUUUUGUACGAGAGUUGGACCGAAAACAAGGAAUCCGACAAAAAUAUGGCACUUAAAGCGGCGAUGAGUGCCAAACGGAUUGGUCUAAUGACCGAUCGCUCACCGCUAGAUAAGAUGGUCGCCUAUUGGGGCCAACUAUUUCCCGAUAUGACACAAAAAUGGCCAAAAACUGAUGAAAUGAUUGAGAGAUAUAUUGAUAAAUUAUGUCCAGAUCUAAUCAUAAUUGAUCACGUGGUAUAUCACACCAGUGUUGUCAAAUCUGGAAUACCAUGGGUUUGGGUCUGUAGUUGUAAUCCGUUACUAUUAAUAGAUGAUAAUCGGACGCCCCCUCACGGCUCAGGUUUUCCAAUAGAUAGCGAUGAAAACGAAUGGAAAAUAUUUCGGCAAACAGUAAAAGACGUGACAAUUGAGUCCUCAAAACGAUUCAAUGAAUACAUUAUAGCGAGAGGUUUAAAAGCAUUGAAUGACUGCCAAUAUUUCACUCCAUCGCCGUAUCUAAACGUAUAUCCAUUUCCGGCUGAACUCGAUUACAAUGAUGUCAGACCUUUGCCACCAAAUCACUACCGAUUUGAUAACUUUAUGCGAACACACAAUGAUGUAAAGUUUGAGAUACCGUUGCCUUUGAGAGACAAACCGGGAAAACUAAUAUACUUUUCAUUGGGAUCUAUGGGUGCGGCAGAUGUGGACAAUAUGAAGAGAUUAGUCAAUAUUUUGUCCAAAUCUAAGCACAGGUUUAUUGUAUCGAAAGGACCCCUUCAUGACGAGUACUCAUUGGCUGAUAAUAUGUGGGGCGAGGGGUCUGUCCCUCAGAUCCAAGUCUUACCGUUAGUUGAUUUGGUCAUAACCCACGGCGGGAACAAUACUGUUACCGAUACGAGUACUCAUUGA